GUGUCAGAGAGAGAGAGAGAGAGAGAGAGUCAAAGGCAGUCAAAUAGAGAGAGAGAGGGAGCGAGAGAGAGAGAGAGGGAGAGGAGGGGGGAGUGGAGCCUGACGCAGUGUGAGAGGCAGAAGCUGAGAGGAGAGAGACAGGAGAACGAGGGAGACAGCGGCGAGGAAGCAGCGCAUCACAUCAGGCGCCGUUUUGCAUCCCGACCAAAAAAAGAAAAAAAAAAGACACAUCAGUGAGUCUCCUCCACACCGGCUGCUGCUGCCGCUGCUGCUGCCGCUGCCGAGCUCCUCCACCCCGGCCACCGGCUCCACACAGGGGCCGCAGAGGAGACACGUGCAAGCUCCGGAUCAAAUCACUGACCAAAAAAAAAAAAAAAGAAAAGAAAAGAAAGAAAGACAGAAAGCCCACCACAUCAACACAACCAGAGGCUGCGAGAGGAGCCCCGCUCUGCCGAGGAGACACGUCCCUCUUCAUCCUCUCUCAUCUCCCUCCACGCUGACAUCUGGAGCAGGAGGCUAAACUACGUUCUGCUGCCUCCCAGUCCACAGCAGAACAUCCCUCAGCUCCUGCACCGGUACUGUUACCUGCUUCUCCAGGAUGGAGGGGGUGCUGACGGCCAUCUACUGAAGUGAUGUGAGAGGCACGCCGAGACUCUGCCGGUUUCGGAGAAGUCCUCCAUCUGCAGAAGGGACGAGUUCUCACACCAAGUACAGAGCAGAGAGCAAUGAGGAAGAAAGAAAAGAGGUGCUUGUCUAAUCAGAUAUGCAGAUGGCCACAGAAGACAUGAGAACCAGCCAAUCUGGCGCCAGGACAACUUCCGCUUGCCAAUUUAUACAUAACAAAUCAAAUGCGACCCCCUAAUUGAACAACUGAUACAGUUUUACCUGGACACACAUACUGCCAACGGAGCGAUCCAUCAUGUCCUGCACAUAAAUUCCUUAAUCCCCAACACGACUUCGCCUCAAACGUCAGUUUUUGCCGCGUGAUCACGAGGAAGCCGAGUAGAAAACACAGGAGCAUUUUUACCAUGCUGUGACUAUACCUCAAAUCAGACCAGACACACAUCUGACAACACCGGGUCACCACUAACUAAUAUAUGAGUCUAUAAAGCAGCCCUCACUCCCUUUUUCAAAUGGCGCCCGCCCGCUUGAAUAAAUGCUAGAUGGUCUCUGGUCGGCUUUCUCCAAUGGAUAUUGUGAUGACAUCCCAAAUGGCCGAGAGAACAGGACAGGGACGGCAGAGACAUAACUUAACUGGAGGCUCUUCAUCAGCGGUCCUGUCCACAGCCGGCUCCGUCCUCUGUUGGCUCGCCCUGCUGUCAGUAAUGAGGUUGCCGAUGGUCACAGCCGACUGCUGGCUUAUCGAGGGGGAGAAGGGCUUCGUGUGGCUGGCUAUCUGCAGUAUGAACCAGCCGCCUUACGAGGCCAUCCCCUCCCACAUUAACAGCACCAUUGUGGAUCUGAGGCUGAACGAGAACAAGAUACGCUCGGUGCAUUAUUCUUCGCUCAGUCGCUUCGGCAACCUCACCUAUCUGAACCUCACCAAGAACGACAUCAGCUACGUGGAGGACGGAGCGUUCUCAGCACAAUUCAACCUGCAGGUUCUCCAGAUGGGUUUUAACAAGUUAAGGAACCUGACAGAGGGGAUGCUGCGGGGCCUGGGCAAGCUGCAGUAUCUCUACUUGCAAGCCAACCUCAUUGAGACUGUUACACCCAAUACCUUCUGGGAAUGCCCCAACAUAGAGAAUAUAGACCUCUCCAUGAACAGGAUCCAGGUGCUGGAUGGUAGUCUGUUCUCUGGACUCUCUAAGCUGACCACCUGUGAACUUUACACCAACCCCUUCAACUGCUCCUGUGAGCUGCUGGGUUUCCUGCGCUGGCUCUCGGCCUUCCCCAACAGGACCAGUGAGAGGAUGGUGUGCGACUCACCUCAAGGAUUCUUUGGCUACAACCUUCUGAGCCAGAACCCCCGCAUGCCCACCCAACGCAACGCUCUGCACGUGUUAAGUCUCGUAUGCACGGACGACGGCAGCAGCGUGACAUCCUUCUAUAUCCUCGGCGAAUCUACCACCCAGGCCCCGGAUUUUUCUUCUCCCUGCGUACUGGAGGAUUGUUCUUCUGGAACGAUUCCUGAAGAGGAAAUCAACUCGGGCCCGAUCAUCUCUGAAGCCAAUCCGAUCAUGAUGCUGAAGCAGGUGCUACAUUCGAGCGCUGUGAUAACGGUUCAGAUUCCUCAUCCGUACAGGAAAAUGUACAUCCUGGUGCUUUACAACAACAGCUUCUUCACAGAUAUCCAGAAUCUGAAAAACCAACGAGAAGACAUUGAGCUAAAGAACUUAAAACCUAACACGGACUACACGUACUGUGUGGCAUCUAUACGAAACUCCUUGCGCUUCAACCACACCUGCCUGACCAUCUCCACUGGUCGCCGGGCCGGGGGCACGAGGGUAGCCAAUCAGUCGUCAGCCACCCACUACAUCAUGACUAUUAUAGGCUGUUUGUUCGGCAUGCUACUCUUCCUUGGCCUGGUUGUCCACUGCCUGAGGAAGAGGAGGAUCAUGGAGGAGAAGGAGAGGAAGAUGAGCAGGAUCCAGAGGACUCUGAUAGAGCUCAAGUAUGGUGGGGAAGGGGAUAUAGAGGGAGGGAGCGGAGGAUCCCAGAAGCUUGCUGCUGGGGACAGUCUGUCCAGAAUGCCCUACCUGCCUCAGGGAGGCGAGAUAGAUCCGUACAAGUUGCAGGAGGUGAUAGAAACACCGCCGCACAAGCCUGCUAAACUGAACUAUAUGGAGGUGAGAGGGUCCGGCAUGGAAAGGGAGAGGGAGCGGGAGAGAGAGCGGGAAAGAGAGCGCGAGCGAGAGAGAGACAUGUCGCCGCAAGCAAAUCCCCAGGGCUCAGUGGCAGAGAUCUCCACCAUCGCUAAAGAAGUCGAUAAAGUGAACCAGAUCAUCAACAACUGUAUAGAUGCUCUCAAAUCUGAGUCUACCUCCUUUCAACAGGGGAUGAAAUCCCCCUCUUCUGCUGGCGGAGGGGCCGUUUCCACUGCAGAGCCGCAGCUGGUGCUUCUCUCUGAGCAAGUAGAGAGGGGAGACAGAGGAGGCGAGUUCCUCUCCCCGGUGUAUAAGGGAGGAAGAGGAGGAAGGGAAGAGAGGGGGAGAAGCUACCAUCAUUCACUACAGCGACACCACAGCAUGGAGGCUCCUCCGACCUCCAAAAGGCCCAGCACCUCCUCUUCUCCCGGCUCGGCCCGGAGCCCUCGCUCAUUCCGCUCAGAGGGAGGCUACCACACGUCAGAGACCCGUUAUAUCGAGAGGACCUCACCUGGAGAAAGGGGAGAGAGGGGAGAGAGGGGAGAGAGGGGAGAGAGGGGAGGUGGGGAGGCCAUCCGUACAGUCACCCCAGCAGCAGCUAUCCUACGAGCUGAAGCCCAGAGAAUCCGCCAGUACAAUGAACACCGCCACUCCUAUCCUGGCUCCCAGCAGCACCUCCAGGAGCUGCAGCACCACCCCCAGAUCCUACAGGAGCUCCACCACCACCCAGGGGGCCGCAAGCCCUCCGUGUUAGACCCCCUCACCCUCAGCAGGCAGGCCAAGCAGAGGGAGCUGGCCUACUCCCAGCUCUCGCCGCACUACCCACUCUCGCCCCAGUACCACAACCUCAGCUACUGCUCCAGCCCAGACGAAGACGAGGAGGAGGAGGGGCUCCUCUGCACCCCGACCCUGGGGCUGUGGGAGAGGUUCAAGCUGCACCGCAAAAGGCACCGGCAGGCGUCCAUGGAGGACGAAGGCUACGUGGCAGCCGGACACGCGCUGAGGCGAAAAGUUCAGUUUGCCAAGGAUGAGGAUCUUCACGACAUACUGGACUACUGGAAGGGUGUGUCCGCCCAGCAGAAGACCUGAUCCCACAUCUGGAGGCCCCACGCAGCUCUGAAGAUGGAAAACAAGAACUCUGCACCCAUAACAUAUUGAUACAGACACACAGACCUGUAAAUAAACACAAACGCACACAACUUACAGGAUCUAACGAAUCAGAUUGCACACAUACGUCUAGAUACAAACACACACACACACACACACACACACACACACACACACACACACACACGUUGGCUCACACUUUACACAAACUAAGCCUUUGCUUCUGAGAACACGAAGGAGGACCAAACUAAUAUAUUACAUUGAAAAAUCAUAACUUAUAGAGAGACUGAGUUACUUUUUGUAAUGUAAUGAAAAUUAUAGCUCAGACUUAUGUAGCUAUUUGUACUAAGUUUUGAAUGAAGGAAAAAAAAAAAAUCCAGAAGAAACAGAAAAACCUUAAACGUUGCCGGGCAACCCAUCCUGAACCGCCUGGCCUUGAGACUGAUGUUCAUCAUCAAACCUGAUAAUGGCAGAUUAACCUCACCGGUUCUCAUUACGGCAGCGGAUUGGACGAGAGUUUUCUGUGAUUGUUUUUUUUUUUUUUUUUUUUUUGGGUGCAUCGCGCCCUGCGAUACUGCUGCAGGAAAAAAAAAAAAAAAAAGAAAGAACUAUUUGCCUUGAUUUGGACGAUUUUUAAAACAUCAAAACGACAAACUCUGGAUGGGUCGCCAGGCAACAGUAAUAUUCAACUGUGCUGAGAACGAGUAGGUAGCUCUCAACAGAGAGUGAGUUUAAUGUGCCAAAUCAACCAAGGGGAUAGUAGAGCCCUACUGUGUACCAACUUCUCCUCGCCACUGUUUUUAUAUACAGAAUUUAAAAAAAACCUAGAAUGAUAUGUUAUUACUAUUAAUUAUUCUUAUUACAUUACUGGUCUUCUUAUUAUUCCUAUGCUCCUCAUCAUUAAUACUCUAUUAUUUGAAUAUGGCAUGGCUCUGUCGUGUGACUGUGUUUUGACUCUUUUGAAACCUCUCAGCCGAGAAGUGCACACCAACGGAGACAAACAGUGUGAUGGACGAGACAUUUGAGUUCUUCUUUUCUACCGAGAGGAAUGUGCUCUCCGCUGAGCCGCAACGAAAAAAAACAAACAAAAAAAAAACCCCAACAAAGCCCGUCUUUUCUCUUGGUGAACCCCUGCUCCACCUGCUCCUCAUCCUCCUAAAGAGGCAACGCUGUACAGAUGAGAGAGAGAAGUUCUAUAUUUGCAACAGAGGUGACUGUUUUGUUUGUACAACAUGGGUUUUGAAAUCUUUCAGACUUUUCGGAAACCAGAAUCCCAAGUUAGUUACCUACCUGCUCACUUACAACGGUACGUUUUUGAUUUUGAAAAAAAAAAAAACAUCGAACUAAAAAAAAAAAAAAAAUUCUAAUCUUCAAAUGAAUGUCUUCAAUUCCCACAGGGGAAACAUAUCUGCACUGUUCAAAAUCAAAAAACGACUCUUAGGAAAAAAGACCUAAAACUCUCAGCUUCCUUCCCGAUACACUGUAGAUCCACUGUGUUUUAUCAACAAGUCGUUUUUCUUUUCCUCCUCCCAUCUCUCCCAGGUUUUUUACUUUUUAAUUUCUAUGGAUUCAUCUGGUUCCACUGUGGUGCCACAUUGUGCCAACUUGAUCAAUCACAAAGAAGUAUUUGAAAUGAUUUUAAAUACUAUUUACAGACCUCUGCUCCUUCACAUCGAUACACAUCCGUUUGCCAAACAGAACGACAAUUUGCACAAAAAGAUCCACCCCCAUUGGCUCACUGCUCCCCCUUUCUAUCCUCCAAUCAUUUCUAAGACCAAAGUACUGUGGUAGUAAAUUGACCCUUAUAGCCCCUGACCCGGCCCCAGCUACUGACCCACCAUCAUCCUUACAGUUGCAUUCAAAUGUACUCAUGCACACACACACAGCCACACACAGAUGAAUGUAUUCUUUGAGAAGUUAACACUGUUCAGCAGCUGGAUUUUCUGUUUUCCGAUGUACAAGCUGUGUUCAAACGGUGUCCUCAUCUGUCUGAUGGAAAACUCUACUCAGAUGGCCACUUGUGUUGCAGAUGUGGAGAUAUAUGAGGAAUAUUUUGGCUCUCUAAAACACUCAAUCUGGCCCCACUCAGGGCGGAUUCUCAUGGACGACUUUGCUCACAUCAGUUUGUGCCACCAAUGGAGCCAAAUGUUGUCCACAAGAAGCCCAAAAUUGCCAUUGUAGACGUCCAUUGAAGUAAUAGCUAUGGGGUUUUGCCUUAUCAAAGGUCUACUUUCUACUGAAAAAGUUCCCGAUAUAUGAAAAGUGUUAUUGUCUAAUGUGAUUAGUAUCACUAGCGUGGUGAAAAGAGACUACAUAUAUAUCUGGAGGCUGUAAAGAGGAGAAACAUGUGAUAAGAGAAAUACUGCUGUUUAUUCUAUACUGAACUGUGCUACGAUAACUCAUUUAAGAAGUCUGUAAACCAGGGAUGGAGUCAAGGACAUUUCAAUUCAGUGGAUUUUCAAUUAAACAAGCUUGUAGUUUUCACAGUAUUGACAACCAAUUUGUAAUUACAAGUGCUUAUACCGACUGAAUCGCAAUCCAGUUCGCUUUCUGAAUUGAAACAGAACUGACUCCUCGAAACAACACUGAAAACUAAACAAUGGAAACAACAGGGCUGGCGAACAACAGCGAGUUUACUGGUGAAAGGAAACACUGUAUAAAAUCUUUUUUCUCUGCUAUAAUGAGUUCAGAAUGCUCAAGUCAUUAAGCCCAGUUAAAGCCAUAAUCGCGGGUUAGUGAAAUCGCCGCAGCUGUUUGUAGCACUGCGAAAAAAAAAGCACCUUCAUUUGUGUGAUUAAAACAAAAAAAAUAAAAAUUACAGGCCGUCUGUUUCUCCCCUCGUGCUGCAGCAGCCACGACAGGAUUCCUCUGCUGCUGCAGCAAACAACCCAACUCUGAUCCAGAACGAGGAGCCGCGGUUGUUUCUGCAUUACACGUCCCAGAUUGUGGCUUUAACUAAACAACAGCCUUAAAACAUUCGAUUUUAUUUCAUCUUUUUAACUUUAGCAUUGCUUUGAAAAUGGAGAAAAAAAAAAAAAAAGAAAAAAAAAAAAAAAACGUCCUGGUUUCUUAACUUAUACUUUCCUGACUGCAAUUUUAUAAUUGCUUGGUUCUUAAGCCUCACUUGAGCAUUCUUUGAGUAACAGUAAUAUCAAUGUAGCGAUGUAUUAAACUACUGUUUUUUUUUUGUUUGUUUGUUUUUUUGUUUAUCAUUCUGUUUAUGAACAAUAAUGGCCUGAGUUCAUCACGUGUCAGAGAGCAGCAGGGCUCGUCUAGAAUCUGACGACGGCGAGCCGGGGAGGUCGAGGCGACUCUAAUCAGUGCUGCUGUUCUUUGAGGCGUGAUGAAGAGAAACUGUGUUUUUUGUUUUGUUUUGUUUUGGGUUUUUUUGAAACAACAAUGCCUAGAAAGUUGAAAUAAAUAGAGGUCUUACUGACAACAGAGAGAGACGACAAUGGAGCAUGCAGCGAGGAAACCUUCAGUGGAAGCUUGUGUUGUAUUCUUCUAGUGACUGACUCAGGAGCGAGCGAGUGAGAGAGAAAGAGAGAACGCUCUGCCAUAGGAUCUCUCAGAGGCUUUCUUUCUUUAUUUUCUUGUCAAAAAAUUAAAAUGAGCACAAUAAAAUAGCCUUUCUUUCACUGUCUCCUUUCCUGGAGAAAAAAAAAAA